GAGAAAGAGAAGGAGGAGAAGAGUUUCGUAACUGUGUGGGGGGGAGUUUUGUUUCCGUGCCAGUCCCAGUCUAUCUGUCAUUUGGAGUUUUCAGUUUUCCGAACGGGCGAUCGGUUGACCAAUACGUGUGACACGGUUUUCCACUGCGCCACAAUUCUAAACGGAUUAUUAUAUUUUGUGAUUUUUUUGGACCAAACUCACGGAGCCAGUUACUAAAAGAGUUAAACAACGGGAAUAACUCACUAAUACACACUCAAUAUUCUCCAUUGUGAAAGGUCUGGCUGCAGCCAUGAUGGUGUAUGACUACCCACUGAAGACAGACAUGGAGCCGGUGAGACUGGAGUCUCUCUAUCAGUCUUAUCCCUCAUUAGUGAACAGCCAAGCUGAGGCCUACAGUGUUAUCUUCACCCCUCACCCCUACCACCCCACACACACACACACCUUCUCCCCCACACACACACUCACACACACCCAGUCCACCAACCCCAUCACACACGCACAACUCGAACCAGUCGACCUGUCAGUCAGCAAACGACCCUCCUCCUCCUCCUCCUCCUCCUCCUCCUCCUCCUCUCCCCCAUCUUCCCGUUCCUCCACCUCCUCCCCCUACAGUCGUUCCUCCCCCCAGCCCCCCCCCUCCCUCCAUUACCCCCUGCUGUUAGGCUCCGGCCCCGGGGUCGCCGGGGUCGUCCAGGGUUCAGGGGUCAUGCUGUCCCAGGUCAUGCUGCAACCCCUGUCCGUCCUCUACCCCUCCCAGCUACACCUGCAUCAGCCAAUCAUGGUCAACCACACCGUCGCUAGCGACGACCGCCACCGCCAUCACCAUCACAGGCCGGCAGGCAGCUCACGACAUCAGACAGAAUCCUCCAUGAAGUCAGAGCUUAGAGGCGACGCACACCACGACCUCCACAAGCCAAUCAAAACAGAGCAUGCCCACGACUCAUACAACCAGGAAAUGACCUCAUCGGUCAUCAGCGCGCCACAGGCCUAUAGCGAUAACAACCCCUCUGUGAUCGUCCAUUCUGGGAGUAAGCACCCAUUGCCAGUCGAGUCUCCCGAUUCGAUGAAGAAGCGACGAAUCCACCGCUGCGAUUUCAACAGCUGCAACAAAGUCUACACCAAGAGCUCUCAUCUAAAGGCACACCGCCGCACACACACAGGAGAGAAGCCCUAUAAGUGCAUGUGGGAGGGUUGCACGUGGAAGUUCGCCCGUUCGGACGAGUUAACGCGUCACUUCCGCAAACACACGGGCGUCAAACCGUUCCAGUGUCCCGACUGUGACCGCAGCUUCUCCCGUUCAGACCACCUGGCUCUGCAUAAGAAACGCCAUCUGCUGGUCUGAACGCAACACAACGCAACGGCUGCGAAACGUCUGCAGAACACACAACGCAAUGCGUACACAGCCCGUUGGACAGUUGGGCCAUACCACCCCAGACAGGACUAUUGACCAGAGAGACAGGGGCUUAAACAGACUCUCCAUCCUCAUCCAUAUAUCCCUUUAUUCAUUCGUCCAGCCAUCCUCCUCUCCUCUCCUCUCCUCUCCUCUCCUCUCCUCUCCUCUCCUCUCCUCUC